AGAGAAGAGAUGACGAAGACACCAAGUUUUGAUAAACAUAGAGUGAAGAAAGGUGCAUGGAAUGAAGAUGAAGACAACAAACUAAGAGCCUACAUCCAAAGAUACGGCCACUGGAACUGGCGUUUACUUCCUAAGUUUGCUGGCUUAUCUAGGAGUGGGAAGAGUUGCAGGUUGCGAUGGAUGAAUUAUCUUCGCCCAAACAUAAAACAUGGAAAUUUUACAAAAGAAGAAGAAGAUACCGUCCUUGAGUUACAUGAGAAGCUUGGUAACAAAUGGUCAGAAAUUGCUUCAUAUUUGCCAGGAAGAAGUGACAACGAAAUAAAAAAUCGCUGGCACACACAUUUGAAGAAACGAGCUAAAAAAGACCGAGAAAUGUUACAAAAUGAACAUGUCCGAACCGUCCAACCUGAUCAAGCUAGCACUAAAUUUGAAAACCCUGUCCAAAACUCAGAUUUAGAAUUUCAACAAGAUAUUGAAUCUUUAUUGGCCGAAUCAACACUAUGUACUUCAAGCACCAACUUAUCAUCAUGUUGGUUUAGUGGCUUUGAUUUAGCAUGUUCAAGUGGUUAUAUACCACAUGAAAUAGCUGAUUACACACCAACAUUCAGUUUCGGGACCAAUCCUUUUCUACCAGACAAUGAUAGCAUCCUAUCAUCAGGUGAUAACCGGGAAAUGAUCAUGUCUGACGAGUUUUUAUGGUCAUCCAUAGAUUCAUAUAUUGAAUACAAUGAUCAGUUUAUAAACUGAAGACCAUUGAAAAUUAAAUUAGCUAUUUGAAGGAAGGACUCGUGGAAUUGUUGGUGAGUCAAGGAAACCAGCAGGUCUUAAGUUAUUAGUUAUGGAAUAAGUAAUCAGUUGUUAUGAUCUUUUCUGUAUAUUUAUUUCUUUUCUAUGUAUAAGCAGUAGUUUGAUGAUCAAUAAA